AUGGCAGCUCUUGCCAUGCUCCUGCUGGCACUGUCACUGCUGAUGGGACCCUUCGGCGGCUGCGCCCUCAGUGGUAAUGCUAGCCAGAGCCUCGACUACACCAUCAGCCCUCGGGGCGAGAACCUUGCCCGUGGAGACCCAAGAAAAGACCCCUCCGACAUGCACUGGAUCAGCAAAUGGGGUGCUAUUGGUGACAGUUUUACUGCUGGGAUUGGAGCUGGUCGGCUGUGGGAUACGAGCCCUGAAGUUCGCAAAUGUUCUCGAUACGAUCAAUCGUAUGUCGUAAUGCUCGAGCGUGCCCUUGGAGUAUCCGCACUCAAAUUUCAAUGGCUGGCCUGCAGUGGUGCCAAGUCAAAAGAAAUCCUUGAGCAAGCGAAGAAACUGGACACUGAUAUGGAUUUGGUGGUUCUGACCGCGGGAGGGAACGACCUCUGCUUGAUUGAUGUUCUGAAAGACUGCAUCUUUCUGGCUUACAAUAAGAAGAGUUGUGAUUCAGCUAUCGAGAGAGCAAAACUCAACGCAGAAUACGUUCUAGAGCCAGCCCUCGAAUCGAUCCUCGUUGAACUUGAAAAGCACAUGAAACCAAACACCGGCAUUGUGGUCUUCGUCAGCUACGCUCAGUUCUUCCAUGACAUCGAAACUGCAUCAGAUGACUGCGCAAAAUAUAACAACUGGGCUUUCCCGGCUAUUGGGGGUCCGUUUAACAGUUUGCCGGUGGACUUAAAGAGACGAAAAGAAUAUAAUGAAUUGGUCCGGAUCACUAAUGCCGGAAUUGAGAGAUCCAUCGACAAGAUGAGAGAGAGGGGUGUAAAGUACAGGCUACGCUUUGCAAAUUGGGACGACUGGGCCUCUGAUGAACGGGUUGCUGGGCAGUUUUGCUGGCCUGGGUCUACCGGGGAAUACCCCGACCCUGAACAGCCUAAUUUGCAGUUCUUCAAGCCAGACACGAAAAGGAAAUCUUUGCAUGAUGAGGUCAAAAAGAGGAAUACAGCUGUGGAUAAAGGUCAACUGGAGCCUGAGGUCAGCCAUGGGGUCAAUGGAAGCCUUGAUAAUAGCCCGAACCCUGCGGCGGAAGCCAUACACAUGCUCAACGGUGGGGGCCCAGAUCCUAGGGAUGACCACGGCUGCACGGCAUUUCUCGACAAGCGCUCCUGGGGAUCUGAACUCCCAAAUCGAUGGGGCAAGUGGUUUCACCCUAAUGAGAGAGGCCACCUCACGAUUGCAUCGUUCGUUCUCAACGAAGUCAUCUCAGCACGGGCAUCAAUCUUGGAGGUGGAAAACCCACUUUGCAAGGAUGAGGACCGCGACCACUUUCAUUGCAGGGGGAACAAGGGCGACACUCUCAGUCAUUAUGUCCAAAGCCACCUGGCGGAUAAGACCUACCAGACAUACUGUAACGAAGUACAACCGCCCGAACACGCGAACUGGCAGGACGAGCGCGUUUUCUACAAGGGUACCCCGGAAGAGCACAAGUACUCUAUAAGCCUCACAAAGGGAGCUACGCAGUUCAGCAAACAAGAAUGCCUCAACAGCUUCAUGCGAAUUAUUCACGGAUGUGACAUAUAUCGUCCGGAAAACCCCCUAAAUCUCAAGCACGGGGGAAGUUGGAAAAAGGGGAGAUACACAUAUGAACUGAAGAUAGGUCACAUAAGGCGCCCCUGGCCGGUUGCAAGACCUGAAGGCUCAUGCGAGGGAUGGUAUAAAAUAGUUUUUGCAAGAUAUACUAUUAGGGGGAGAUUGUGGGCUAGUCUUGAUCAUGGGCAAGAACUCCGCAAUAGUGCGAAAAAAUGUGUUGGAGGUGGUCUGACAUCUUGGAGUUUCAAAUACUUCGACAGACCCGGUAGGAACGAUAUGGAGUGGGAAGCGCAAUUUUCAACGCCUAUUUGGGUGCAGAAAAGGUGUUUCGAGAAUAGCAAGGUCUUCCUCGACAUUGGGGGACCGAGGAUGGGAUGUCAAGGUAAUGACAAUCCAUGGCCUUUCAACUCGUAG